AUGCUGAGCACGGAAAGUUUCACCGGGGCGAGAGCCCUGGGUGAGGAAUCGCUGCAGAUGUGGGACCUCAACAAGCGGCUGGAGGCGUACCUGGCCCGCGUCAAGUUCCUGGAGGAGGAAAAUGAGGUGCUGCGAGCCGAAAUCCAGAACGCCAAGGGCAGCCCUGCCGGGGAUUCGUGGCGGGCAAAGUACGAGGAGGAGCUGCGAGCCCUGCGGGAUGCACUGGAUCAUGCCUUCAGGGAGAAGUGCACAGCCGAGCUGGCCAGGGACAACCUCUACGAGGAGGUCCAGCAGGUGAAAAGCAGGUGCCAGAAGGAGCAGGCAGCCCGAGAAGAAGCCAAGAAGCAGCUGUCCUUGAGCAGGAAGGAGCUGGAGGAGGAGAGGAGAGCACAGAUCUGGCUGAAGGAGAGAGCCGUGCAGCUGGAGAAGGAGGUGGAAGCCUUGCUGGAGGUGCACGAGGAGGAGAAAGCAGGGCUGGACCAGGAGAUCGCAAGCUUCUCGCAGAGCCUGGAGAGCUUCCGCUGCGCGCCGGUGGCUUUCCAGCCAGUGGAGGUGGAGGACUACUCCAAGAGGCUCUCGGAGAUAUGGAAAGGGGCGGUGGAGACCUACAAGACGGAGGUGUCGCAGCUGGAGGGUUCCCUCUGCCAGGCCAAGGAGAACCUCUGGAAGGCGGUGGAGGACAACCAGCAGAGCCAGCUGCAGCUGCAGCACCUGGAGAAGGACCUGGCAGGGCUCAAAGCACGGAAGGAGAUGCUGGAGGAGAGCCUGGCCCGGCAGUGGCAGGAGCAGCGCGGGGAGGCAGAGAAGUUCCAGCUGGCGAUGGAGGCCCUGGAGCAGGAGAAGCAGACCCUGCGGGUGCAGAUCGCCCAGGUGCUGGAGGACAGGCAGCAGCUCAUGCACCUCAAGAUGUCCCUCAGCCUGGAAGUGGCGACCUACAGGACGCUGCUGGAAGCAGAGAGCACCCGCUUGCAAAUGCCAGCUGGGGAAUACAAGCUGGCCAACGGCUUGCGAGAUCUCAAGUUGGAGGUGAGCAGCGGCAGCAAGCUGACACCGGCAAGCGCCGAGGCCAGGCGGCUGCUGCCCCGGGACCACCGCGCCAGCCCCUCCAUCUUCCCCAGGGUGGAGGGGAGGGUGCAGCCAGCAAAAGCCCAAAGUGACACCCUGACACCCAAAAUCCAGAGCCCCGGUGCCAGGGAGCUCCAGAAAAUCAGCUCGGUCCUCCAUGCCACGGCACCGCAGGCUGCCGGCGUGGCCAGGGAGCCAGGUGCCCCCGGCCGCCCCACGCCGAGCCCCUCGCAGCCUGGCAAAGCUGCCCCUUCUCUCUCCCCAGACGCCCCCAGUCCCAUGCCACCAGAGCCAGGGAGCCCGGGGGAAGAGGGUCCUGCCUGGCCGGGGGGAGAGGGGGCUGAGAUGAGCCAAGGGAAGGAGCAUCCUCCACCCGGAGCCGCAGUGGAGACCCACGACGCCAGCGCCAAGCCCCCAGGAACGGCGCCCACCCACAGCCUGCAGUACCCAGCCCAGCUGGUCAGCGAGGCGCUGGAGGGUGCUCUCAAGGAAAUGAAAGACGAUGCUCAGCCCAAAGAAGAGCCCACGCUCAGCGCUGUGUGGGCCCCCCAAGAUGCCCAUGCCCCCAGCUCCGUUCCCCCUGUAGAGGCUUGCAGAGGGGCUGGGGAAGGGCAAGACCCCUCCGAGGGUGCUGGGGACGGCGAGGCCGCUGAGGCAGAGGAGAGGGCUGGGGAAGCCAUGCUCCAGGGGCUGGGUGUGGAGAGCAGCAGUCUGCAGGAUGGAGCCACAUCCCUGCCGGAACCACAUCCCUGCGGCGCAGCUGCUUCCCCAAGUGCCACGGCAAGCCGGGAAGAGAUGGGAGCGUGGGAGGAGGAGGAGAUGCCCACUGUGCUGAGCCCAAGGGAACCCGAAGUGGUGGCUCAGGAAGAGGACACGAGUGGCCCUGGGCAAAUGGGGACCAGCCAGGAAGAGCCAGAGCAAGAGGAGGACGAGGCAGAGGCCCCAUGCACGGAGGCAUUGCACCCCUCGGAGGAUGAGGAGGAGAGGGGACCCCGCAGCCCCUGCGGAGUGGAUGGCGAUUUCCAGGGUGAAGGGAUGGAUGCACGAGAAGAGGAGUCCCUGCAAAGGGAAGUUGAAGCUGCUCGUGCUGUCCCCAUGGAAAGCCAUCCGGUUUUGCCCACGGAAAGUCACCUGGAAGAGGACCUUGUUGAUGAAGAGCAGGAAAAGUUUGAGUGUCGGGAAAUGUCCGUGUGCGAGAUGGAUCCGGCUGCAGAGGAGGAAAGGAGGCAGAAGACAAGCCCAGGGCAGGAGCCAUGCCUGGAGCAGGAGCCCUCGAGCAACCACGAGGCCAUCCCAGCAGAAGAGGCUUCAUCGGGGGCUGAAGAAGAUGCUGUGGAAGGCGAGGACCCAGGCAGAGCAAAAGAUGGUGAGGGAGAAAAGGGAGAGGCCGGCGGGGAGGUGCUGGGAGGAGCAGACCCCCGGGCAGGAGAGGCUGCGGGACCUGAAGCCCCGGGGCAGGAGAGCGGAGCCCGUGAGGAGCCCGGGGACCUGCAGGAAAAUGGCUUUGUGAAAGAGGUGCUGGAGCAGGAGGAGCUGGAGCCGGAGCCAGGAGAGGAGCCCUGGGGCAGCGGGGAUGAUGGCAACAGCCAAAAGCCCCAUCCAGAGGACUGGGAGGUGACAGCAGAGGACACAGAGGGGGCUUUGGGGACAGAAGAGCCAGCCUGGGCAGAUGACACCCCGACAAGCACAGGAGGGCUGGAAAGCGAGGAGAGAGAGGGCAUGUCGCCAGCAGAGCUGGAGCAAACCCGGGAAGAUGAUGAAGAAGAUGCCGAGAGCCAGGAGAUGAGCCAGCAGCAGCCAGCGCUGGAGGCAGAGCCGGCCCCGGGGCUGGCGAGGGAUGAGCAGGAGGGCACGGCGGGGGCGCCCGAUGCCCCCGGGCGAGGGGAGAGCCAGGAGCCGGCCGAGGCUCCGGAGGAGUCGUGGGAAGUGCAGGAUGAGGAUGCUGACGAUGAGCUCGGCUCAGACCCGGGACAGCCGGCAAGCAGCAGCACCAGUGCGGCCGCACUUCAGCAGGCAUCGGGUGAUGGCGUGGAGAGCGGCGAGUCGGUGGAGAAGGACGCUGGGCGAUCGGGAGAGCUGGAGCAGGCACCAGGGACGGGCAGGAGGGUGGAACUGGAGGACACGCUGCCGGACAGCACGCCCUUGCACCUCUACGAAGGGGAGACGCUGGCUGUGGUCGCACCCAGCCAAAACCCUCCGGAGACUGAGGAGACCACAGAGACAGCACCUGCAUCCGAAAUAGCUCCGGACGAUGAAGGAUGGCUGGAAGGGAGGGACCAGCCACCAACGCCCACCCUGCCAGAGAGCCACGAAGAGGAGGCAGGGACAGAGGUAGCCCCUGCAGCAGAGGGUGCUGAGGAGGAGGAAGGCUAUUUCAUGGUCUCUGCUCCUAACCAAGAGGUAUCCAGCUCAGAGGAAGCCGAGAUCUCCGAGGACUUUGAAGAAAUUAAAGUUGAAGCAACUGAAGCCAGCAAAGAUGAUCUGGAAGCUCCUGGAGAAGCAUCUCCAGUGCCAGAGGACGAAGGGCACUUUGAGGCGUUUGUUGGUGAAGGAGACGAAGACAUCAAGAUGCCCACAGAAGAACCUGAGAUGCUGAAGGAUGAGGAUGAGGAUGAUGCUGGGGGUUUUACUGCUGAGCUGGAAGAAGGUCCAGCUGUGCCUGAGGCAGAUCCCAGCUGUCCCGGGGCCAGGGGGCCGUUAGCAGGAGGUGCUGAUGAGCCGGCCCAGGGUGCCGCAGGCUCUGGCACGCACGAGGAACCAGGGCGCUCAGAGGUCUUGGCUGCUGAAUCGGUCGAGGAGCUCGAUGGCACGGUGGAGCCGGAGAGCGAUGCCGCGGAGCAGACAUCGGAUGAGCAGCCAUCUGCGGAGGAGGAAGCACCGGAGGGUGACAGCCCUCCACCGGCCGGGGACGAGGAGCCCCCCGAGGCCGACGCACCUCGGCCGGGCUCUGCGCCAGAGCAGGGAGGUUUUCCAGAGAUAAUGAAAGAAAUCCCAGAGGCGGCUGAUCUCUCUGCAAAGGUGCCAGCGGAUGUCAUGAAAGACUCAGAUAUUUUGGAAAUAGUUGAGCAAGCCCUGGAGUUCAACCAGGAGCUGGUGAUGGGGGUGAGGGCAGCCAAGGGUGGGCAGCGGCAUCCUGGUGGGACCGAGCUACCCCAGGACACCGGGGAAGACUCCUCGCCUGCCUCGUCCAGCGAGGAGGAGCCGACGGUGCAGGAGGUGCCAGCGGAUGCAGCACCAGGGACGGAGGGUCCGGUUCGGGCCGAGAACGGGUUGCACCGGGAGGCCAGCCUGGAGGACCUCACCGAAUUCACCGAGGAGGUGCUGAACGGCAUCACCAGCGUGCCGCCGGCACAGGAGUUCCCCGCGGAGACUGCAGACCCCGCUGCGGUGAUGCCACCGCAGCCCCCUGCUCCCACAGAUGCCAUUGCCGCCAAGCUGGCCGAUGCCACCCCGUGUGGCAAGCACGGUGGGGCUGACACCGUCCCCAUGCCAUCCCCUUUGGGGGAUGACGUCUUGUGCCUCGCGCCCGACCAGCCGGCAGCGUGCCGGCUGGGCCCAGCAGAGGAGCCCUGGUCCUCGGGCGACGAGUGA